AUGUACACAAUCCAAGCCCCACCGGGGCAUCCAGGCCAGCCGGCCGUGCUUAUUGCCUGCGCCUUCCUUGACAAGCCUUUGACGAUGGACGCGCCGGACCCCGACUUGCAAGCACCCAUCCUCAAGGCGGAGGACCACACCGCGCAUGGUACAGCCGACAUCUUGCGCUACGUGGCCUCUCACGGCGGAGCCCUCCCCAGCACCAAGCUCUACCCGCUUGAGCUCCAGGGCUCCAUCGACAAGUGGUUGCAGCUAGCUGCCAGCUGUGAGGCCGCGGCGCUGGCCUGGGUGGAGCCGUUCGCAGCCAAGGCGGAUGACGCGGCCCGUGAAGCCGCCAAGUCCGAUGUGACCACCGCCCUGGAGCAGCUGAAGGUGGACCUCAUGGCGGGGAAUGAGUUCCUGGCGGGUGACCUCUUAACUCGGAUUAAGGUAAUCAGGACAGCGCGGUUGGGCGACUCCCUGACCCUGGCUGACGUGGCGGUGGCGGCCGCGCUGACGCCGCUGUUCCAGUCGGUGCUGGGCCGGCAGCUGCAGCGGCACUUUGCCCCCGUGGUGGACUGGCUGGGCCGCUGCCAGAAGCUGCCGCAGUUCGAGAAGGCGCUAGGUGCGGAAUAG